AUCUCUUAUUAGAUAAGACGUGGAACAACGAUUGCGUAAAAACUGAGUUACGUAAAUCGUUUGCAUACUUCCAUAUAUGGUCGUAGGUUUUGUAGUCGUCUGUUUUCCAUUGGGUGCCUUCCGGUGACAUCAUCUGAAGAAAUGUCAAAUGGUUGGUUUCUUGGAAUGAGGCAACGUUCACAUGCACGUGCGUUACAGUUUGACCACGAAUGGUCUAUUAGUCACAAUCCUUCACUGGUCGCCUUCUAUGAGGUUAAGCUGAGCCAAGUCUGCUAUGAUUUGUUUAUGUCAGUUCUUUAUGUAGCCGACCUUUCGAGUUGAGCGAAACCAACCCCGUAAAAAUUCAACGGCGGGCGCUGGUAAACUUGGCGGGCGGGCAACACUCCAAGCGCCGCAGAGAUAGCAGCGAGCUCACGGUUACCAGUUCGCUGUCUUACGACUGAAAACUCUCAAAGAUGUCAGAGAAGAAGCCUCCCCGUUCGCCUAUGGACCACGACGAGUUCCGUAGAAUCGGGAAAGAGACGGUAGACUACAUCGCAGACUACCUGGAGACCGUGCAGAGUCGGGCGGUGUACCCGGGGGUUCAGCCCGGCUACCUCCGCCAGCUCAUCCCGGCAGAGGCGCCGCAGGACCCCGAGGAUUGGGAAGAGGUGUUCGCGGACGUGGAUAGGGUUAUCAUGCCCGGAGUGACCCAUUGGCACAGUCCAGACUUCCACGCGUACUUCGCACCAGGAAACUCCUACCCGUCCCAGCUGGGAGACAUGCUGUCUAACGCACUGGGCUGUGUGGGCUUCUCUUGGGCCGCCAGUCCGGCAUGUACCGAGCUGGAGACGGUCGUUCUGGACUGGCUGGGGAAGAUGCUGCACCUGCCGGAGCACCUGCUGGCCGGGACCGCUGGGGCAGGUGGAGGAGUCAUACAGGGCACAGCAAGUGAAGCCAUCCUUGUAGCGCUGCUAUCAGCCCGAACCAAAGUCAUCCGGCGGGAAAAAGAGGCCGACCCGGAGUCGUCUGAUCAUGACGUCAUGAAGAAGUUGGUGGCCUACAGCUCUGAUCAGGCCCACUCGUGUGUUGAUAAGGCCGCCAUGAUCGCUGCAAUCAAACUGAGGAAACUGCCGACAGACUCGGACUUCUCCCUCAGAGGGACAACUCUGUCUGCCGCUAUGGAAGAAGACAGGGCUAACGGACUCAUACCGUUCUUUUGUUGUGCAACUCUUGGAACUACGCCAUCGUGUGCUUUCGACAAGUUGUUGGAGAUUGGACCUGUCUGUUGUGAAGAGAACAUGUGGCUGCAUAUAGACGCGGCAUACGCAGGCAGUGCCUUCAUCUGUCCGGAGUACAGACCGCUGUUAGAUGGAGUGGAGUUUGCAGACUCCUUCAACCUAAACCCGCACAAGUGGCUGAGAGUCAACUUCGACUGUUCUACUAUGUGGGUGAAAAACCGGGCGGAUGUUGUGGACGCUUUCGACGUUGACCCGCUAUACCUCCGGCAUGAUAACCAAGGUCUAGUGACCGAUUACAGGCACUGGCAGAUACCUCUCGGACGGCGCUUUCGUUCUCUGAAGUUGUGGUUCGUUCUGCGAAUGUUCGGAGUCAAGGGUCUACAACAGUAUAUCAGAAAGCACGUGAGUCUCGCGAAGGAAUUUGAAUCGCUUGUUCUGAGUGAUGACCGGUUUGAGGUCAGCGCCAAGGUUGUGAUGGGGCUGGUGUGCUUCCGACUGAAGGGUCCAAACACCCUGAGUGAAAGGCUGCUUCAGAAAAUCAACGAGACUAGAAAGAUCUUCAUGGUUCCUGCCAAGCUCCGUGACACCUACGUCAUCAGAUUUGCGAUCUGUGCAGCGACAACUGAGUCAUCAGAUAUUGUGCACGCGUGGAACGUCAUCAGAGAACAGGCGGCGGAAGUUCUAGCCGGGGUUCAAAAUGGCGUCUGAGUAUUGAGCCUAGAGUAUUAUUAAUAUAAAAUUCAUGCUAUUAGAAGGAAUAAGUUAAGCAAUAUAUGAUAAUGAUCACAUUAAAUGAUUGGUAUCCAAAAUCAAAAUCAAAACGCUUCAUUGAUAAUUAUCCGAUUUGUCACUAAAUAUUGUCAUUGGAAUAUAGGCACUUUUCAUACGCUGAUUGUUGUUUGCGGUCGUUCUUCAUUAUACAGUGUAUUAUUGACAAUUCAUAAAACAAUACCGUACACACUAUUGAUAUAAGUGAGCCAUGUUACAUUUUAUUAUUUCAAGAUGUCGAUAUAAAGACUUAAAAACAGUAUCUUCAAGAACAUAAUAUAGUACAUAAUUUCUGUCACCCUUUUCAACAAAACACCGCAGCACAAAAAUGACGUGUUUUUUUGUUGUUGAAAGAAUCGUAUUGGUCACUGUCAUAUUUGACACUGUUCGUUUUUCUGCCUAGAUAUGAACCUUUUUGUCUUUAGUGUUUAUCAAUACAAUAUUGAUCGAAUGAUAAGGAAAUCUAUAUCAAGUUUAUUCUACAUUAUA